AUGACCUCGUUCUCGAGCAGCAAUGAAUUCGACUUCAGCAAAUGGGAUUUCCCAGCCGAGCGCAUCUGGUUGCACAAGCCCAGCGGCGAGAUAACCUGGAAGAUCUGCACAUUUGUGCCACUUAUUGCCUUUGGUCUGUAUGGAAACUUCACCAUGGUUUAUCUGAUAGCCACGAAUCGCUCUUUAAGAUCGCCCACCAAUUUGAUUAUUGCCAAUAUGGCUGUGGCGGAUCUGCUGACUUUGGCUAUUUGCCCAGCAAUGUUUAUGCUAAACGAUUUCUAUCAGAACUACCAAUUGGGCUGUGUGGGCUGUAAGCUAGAGGGUUUUCUGGUUGUGGUUUUUCUCAUCACAGCUGUGCUCAAUCUUUCGGUGGUUAGCUAUGAUCGUCUAACGGCCAUCGUGUUGCCAAUGGAGACACGUCUCACUAUAAGGGGAGUCCAGGUCGUUGUGGUCUGCACCUGGAUCCUGGGUAUUCUGUUGGCAUCCCCGUUAGCUUUGUAUCGAUCUUACAGGGUGAGAAUCUGGAAGAACUUCACAGAGCGAUAUUGCAAGGAAAACACAUCCAUCCUUCCCAAGUACUGGUAUGUGCUUAUUACCAUUUUGGUGUGGUUACCACUGGGCAUCAUGCUCAUCUGCUACAUAGCCAUAUUUUAUAAGCUUGAUCGGUAUGAAAAACGAGUACUAAGUCGAGAGAAUCCGCUAACAGUCAGCUACAAACGAAGCGUGGCCAAAACCCUUUUCAUUGUGGUCGUGGUUUUUGCCGUUCUCCGUCUGCCAUUUACAAUUCUAGUUGUUCUACGAGAAAAAUACUUCGAUGAAGACGUUUCAGUUAGUAGUGGAAUGCAACUAUUCUGGUAUAUCUCCCAGUAUUUGAUGUUCCUUAAUGCCGCCGUCAAUCCUCUCAUCUAUGGAUUUAACAAUGAAAACUUUAGAAAGGCUUAUUAUCAAAUUUCCUGGGUUCGGCGAUGGAAAGACGCUUCGAAAAUGAAGAAGGCUUCUGGAUCAAAGCAUUGCUGUUACUGUGCUUUUAUGAAGAAGGGUGAACGAAAGGCAGAAGAACCACAGCAGCCUGCGAACGUUGAUAAGGACUUGAGCAAGGAUAUAUCUAUUGAAGAACCGACGGCCAAGACAACUGAGAGGAUUCGAGAUGAUCCUGCUGAUUCACUUGCACCGGAAAUUGAGGCAGACGGAUUUAUAUAA